AUCACCCAAACAUCGAUAUUACCCUUUGCCGCCAAAAACCAACCGCUGAGCUUAACCUAAGGAAGCGAAUAUGAAAGAAAUUGUGACUAUCCAAGUUGGUGGUUUUGCCAACUUCGUUGGUUCUCACUUCUGGAACUUUCAGGAUGAAUUGCUUGGGUUGGCUGGGGACCCAUGUGCUGAUUUGGUGUUCAAGAAUCAGGAUCUUAACAUGGAUGUACUUUAUCGUACUGGGCAUCCUUACAUAUACUCCUCGCCUAGUUUCACUAAACUUGAGAGGUAUUUAAUUUAUAAGUUUUUAAAUUAUUGAAGCUACAACGCCCUAGCUUCUAGAGUUCGCUGCUUUUUCCCAGGCCAGAGAAGGGCUUAUACUGCUCGCCUUUGUUUAUCAGUGCUGUUCCUUCUUGCCCUUUUUAUAGAAUCUAUUUACUGGUAUUGCUGUUCAUUGAGUUGAUGCUGCUAAGUGGUAGCAAAGGAUUCAUGGUUAGUCUUACAUUCAACUGAAUUCUGAAGAAGAAUACUAAUUAUUUUUUUUACUAAUAUGUAGUAGUACCAAUGUAAUUGGUGCAAAAUGCAAAAAUUCAUUAGUUAUUAUUUAAAUAUUGUGAUACUGAUCCCCCAACCUUUUUUGUGGGAGGUAGAAACAAGGCAAGCAUGUUAAGUUAAUGGAAAACCAAUCCACCAACAUUUUAAAACUUUUUAUGCAACAUGCUAGCCUAUCAUCCCUUAAGGAGCUGAAGAAAGCUCAAUAUCUUGCCUAUGCAGUGUUUCCUUCUUGUACUUCAAUUUUAUAUUUAAAUAUCCUUGCUACUUUCCUUUGCUCCAUGUUAAUUUUGUCUUUUGUUGAUCUCAUGAGGAUAGAAUGUGUCAAUGCAAACUUAUUUUAGCAUAAGAUUCGUUGUAUAAUUUCUUAUCUCUUUUUUUCUUCGUGUACAGUGUAAACAUCAUUCACUUUCAUCCCUCUUGUAAUCAAUUCUUAGAAUUUGUAAACCUUUUCAGGAUCCCUUGGAUGUAUGAGUUCACGUGGUACAUUGUAUAAGGAGGUUGCUCCCACAACACCAGAUAUUGUCACCUGGGCUGGCAGAGUUUCCACCCAAACCUCUGAGCCUCAUAAAAGAAAUCUAUUCCUACAAAGACUUCAUGAAGAAGAAGAGAAUUUGAAUGUGGUAGAUGAGAUCAGUGAUUCAAAUAAUGGUUCUCAGAGUGAGUUUCAGGAUAAGGAUAUAAUUGAAUGUCUAGAAAAUGGUGUACAGUUUUGGACAGACUACUCAAAAGUAAAUUAUCACCCGCGGAGUCUAUAUGAAUUAAAUGGAGUUUGGGCAGAUGUUGAGGAAUUUGACAAUUAUGGAAGUGGAAGGGAUUGCUUUUCUUGGGCUGCGGAAGGGGAAGAAAUUAGUGAUAGACUUCGAUUUUUUGUUGAAGAGUGUGACCAUAUACAGGGAUUUCAAUUUGUGGUUGAUGAUUCUGGGGGUUUCUCUGCGGUUGCUGCUGAAUUUUUAGAGAAUAUUGUAGAUGAAUAUACAAACACUCCUGUCUUACUCUAUGCUGUCCAAGGUUCUGGUUCACGCACAAAUCUUCAUAGCAGAAAGCGUACUAUCGUAGAGGAUAUUCAUGAUGCUGUAUCAUUUUCAAGACUAUCAUCCUACUGUAAACUUAUUGUACCUGUUGGUCUGCCCUCGUUAAGUAAAAGUAAAGCUUCCAAAUUCCUCCACAUUGAAGAUGUGAAGCAGUACCACUCGAGUGCAGUUUAUGCGGCUGCAAUACACUCCAUUAGUCUACCUUUCCGAAUGGUUCCAGUUGGGCCUACUGCAGAUGCAUGUUCUGUUUCCGGGGCUGUGGAUGUUCAUGGAGUCGUACAAAUGUUGUCAGGGCAAGGAAGGCAAAAUAUGGUGUCAGUUUUGGAUGCUGCUAUGCCCGCACCUUCUUUAACUGGGGGACAGAAUGAACUGUCUUUGUUAGAGAAUUUGCAGCCGUUGACCCCACAAAUAGCAGAGGAUGUUGAAGACAUGCAGGCAAUUGAACACAUGACAGUCCACGGAGCUCUUGCAUCAGGUCAUCUUGCUUCAGUUUCUGAGGUAAAGGAUGUAGUUGAUGCUGCUUUUCAAUUUGCAAAUACAAGGCCAAUGUUCUGUCAUCUAUCUGUUGCUCUUUGUCCGCUGCCUAUUCCCUUGCCUUUUCCAUCAAUCUUUGGGAACCAUGUUGGCCAGCGGGGUGAAUUGAUGGAUGGGCAAAGCACUAAUUCUUCACCAAAAGGAUCUCUUGACGUCCAUUCCAUUCCCAUGGCAGCCAGAUUACGUUCCACCAGUGCUGCCUUACCACUUUUGGAGAGAAAAUUGCAAAAUCUUCACCGGUUUGGAAUUGAGCGAGGAGCAGCUGGGGUGGAGUUACUUAGGAGUUGGGGCUUUGGUAGGGAAGAAUUGGUGGAAAUGGAAGAGAUGUUGUCUAAAAUGGUUGCGACAUUGUGUCCUCCUCAGUUGUCAUCCGAUUCAGAUUAGAAUACAUACGUUGUUCUUCCAAAGAAGAAGUGUAACAUUUUGUACGGUUAUUUAUAGUAACAAUUUUGCACUAUGCUGUGCUAGCUGUUCAUGCCUUUUGGCAUUGUUUGAGUUUCGGACAUUUUGUUGGUCAAUUCCUCAAGCCAAAUAGUUGACCUUUUUUUACUAGGGCAGCUACUCAAGAUAUGGGUAUAAAGAAAUGUCAGAAAUGACACAAGGGAUUUUGUUUCUCAGUCAUCUUUGUAACUUCGGAGCUUGCUUGGCGAUCCGUGUGGAGCUUUGGGGUGCUUCUCUAUGGGAUUAACCUUGCCCUUUGUUUUAACAUUAAUCGCAUAGUUGUUGAAGCUGAUUCUUAGGUGGCGUUCAACUCCUUGCAAUCUAGUUGCGACCCUCGUUACCCAUGCCUUCCUUAUA